AUGUUUUACGAGAUGCGUGACAAGCAAUAUGAUUCCGGGUCGUCGUGCCUGGGCCGGUGCUGGGUGUUGGUGGCCAUGUGCGGGUUACUCAUUACCGUAUCGUUCAUCGGGAUGACUCUGUGGCUCGGCAUGAACAGCAGGCCGGAUGUGCCGGCGGCCGUGUACCAGCCACCUGUGCACGCGGUCCCGAACGUUCACAGACAACACCACUACGAGGUGACAACGGUCAAAUCGGCGUUCCCGACGGCCGACUACGACGCGAUGCCCACCACGAGCAUAAAGAACAAAAAAGGCAGGAUCGAAAUAGUCGAACACGAGAAAAUUGAGAAAAUGGCCAAAAUCGAACCGACUACUCCGACUUCAAGGGUCGAGCCGAAGCUCGACGACGGCGUGAGCCCGGUAGAAGACACCAUAGAGCCGUCGAGGGUGAACGGGGUGAGAAAAAAGAGCGAGGUAGUGUAUCCGAAUUGGUCCGAAAUGGAAGGAAAAAUCGAGGACGAGGUGGAGCCGCCGCAAGAAUUCCAACCUUAUUACGUGAGCGAGCAACCGGACACACAAAAGUUCAACCCUAUACCCGCGUUCUCCUACCUCAAAGAACACCCAAUCCGACUGUCAGGAAAAGACAUUCGACCACCGGGCACCUCUGAAAGCGAGGAGUACCCUUAUUUCUAUCCGCAGUUCGAGGACGUAACGCCCGCAGACGAGAAAGCCGUAAAUCCAGUGUUCACAUUUUUGCGGAAAAGGUUACAGGACGUUCGCGAUUGGUUAGCCCAGUCAGGCACCCGAAAGAAUCAGAGUCAAUGGAUUCAAAUGGUUGACGCUGUUAAUCAAUCGCUGUACACGAAAAAUGCUACGAUCGUAUUGUCUAAGCUCCGUGAAAUGUACGCCAACACCAGUGAUGUAGCUGCCGACACGCCUGUAGCUAGCUUAAUUUAUCCAGCUGCCGCCAACGAUUCCGCCGCCAGCCUAGUUUCGUUCGGACUGUUGGCCAUCGAUCUUUUUCUGUUGCACAACGUUCAGCAAAUUGCACUUAACGAAGACGCGGAAGCCGGGCAGCAAAUGCUCAACGACCCGGACGUGGUGGCAUUGAAUGCGCUGUUUUUGCCUCCCGACCGUGUUAAGCAACUGCGGUCAGCCAAUUCGAGAGUGCUACAGGACGACCGUCGUGAUAGGAACCCCAAAGGAUUCGUAUCUGAAUUGAUGGAGUUUGUCAACGGUGGUUUAAGAGCUAUACUCAAUCUGAGUAGGGCGUAUAGGAGCAGCUCUCGGGCGGCCAAGGCUGAAGGAAAAAGCGUGGGUGAUAACCCCACUGCUAGUGGAUCAUCGUUGGAUUGCAUUUGGACGUUAUACUGUCGAAAUUUAGACAAGACUGCUAAACUGGACGGACCCUAUGGAUUUUUAGCGAAGAUGAACAGCUUGGGUUUACGUUUAAUGAUGGGAGAAUUUCCCGUCGAGAGAGCACUGGAGCAUCUGAUCAAGGAAUCGGCACAUGGAUGGAGGAGAUUGAAUUGUGAUCGGCUUUUCCCCAGGUGUAACGGGGAAGAAGCUAAGGAGGUGGUCAUCGAGACGGCGCUUGGCCAAAACUUGUCCGGUGAUUCCGAAUCAUCGUAG